AUGACGGAGCACAGGCACAAGCUCAUGGCUUCAAUAGAUUCCUCUAAUAAUACCAUGUUGCAUUUGGCUGGAAAGUUGUCACCUGAAAAUAAACUGCAUAGAACAUUUGGUGUGGCUCUCCAAAUGCAACGAGAAUUACAAUGGUUUGAGGAAGUGAAGAAGCAAGUACCGCCUUCUUAUUACGAGCGUUUAAACAACAAGGGUAAAAAAGCUCAUGAAGUAUUUACUGAGGAACACACAGAGUUAAAAAGAGAAGGAAAAUGUUGGAUGAAAGAUACAGCAGAUGCAUGCACAAUUGUAGCAGCACUGGUUGCUACCAUUGCAUUUGCAUCAGCAGUUACAGUUCCGGGGGGUAACGAUGAGGACAAUGGACUUUCAAUUUUCUUAAAAAGCAAAGCUUUCAUCGUCUUCUACUUUUUCAAAUGCAAUAUCACUCUUCGCUUCGUGCAAUUCUUUACUUGGAUUCCUCUCUAUAUUGACAUCUCGUUAUACAGAAGAAGAUUUUCUCAGUAAGUUGCCAGCACGCCUAGUGGGGGCACUUGUUGACAUGUUUAUCUCCAUAAUAAGCAUGGUCAUCAGCUUUUGUUCGACCCUGUACCUCAUGUCACCUGGGCAUAAAGGUUGGAUUUCUUCAAUAAUCUUGGUUGUUUUCGCUGGUUCGCGUCUCACCACACAUAUUCGAUCCCAUUUCCCUCUCCUUUCUGCUCUGACUUAUUCGUUGCGUUACAUGUUGGGGAAACAUGAUAAAGUUCUGCUCUAAAGUUUACAAAAUGAUUGUUGCAGGGUUGAGCAAAUAAUGUACGCACCAGUAUAUAUGUACUCACGGUGCAAUUUAAAACUUGUUUGGAUGGUUGUUACAUAUUGUAAUGUAUUGUGUUGUUAGUUUAAGUAUAAUGUUUGUUUUGAUUGUUACUUACAUUUUAUUUUAUUG